AUGUCUGAUUCUAACCAAGAAGCCGAUCAAGCUCUUACUAUCGUUGGAAAGGUGUCGAAGUCGGAGGUGCUCAGUCUUAACGGACCCCAGGGACCAGAGUGGGUUCGCGGCAUCAAGGUCGCAGAAAAGACUGUGAAGACAGAUUUCCCGAGCGUCUCAGCCAUGUUGAUUGCUGGCGGCAAAGCUCACCAGUCUCGCGAUGUGCAAGCCCAUUCAAACGUGAUCAGCGUGAAAUUCUAUGAUGGUGACGAAAGAAAAGUUGUUUCCGGUCAUGUGCACAUGGACGGCCGAAUUGAAUAUAACAAGAAACUCCCCGGCGGUGGCUUGAAGAGCACCUGGAAACCAACGAGAGAACAGGUCAACCAGGCCAAAUGGACGAUUUACGACACGGACAAGAAGAAGCAAAGAAAGGUCACAACGGAGGGCAAAUGGUGGUAUAUAGAAAUAGAGGGCUGCAAAGUUCCUUUCUAG